UUGUUUGGGAUGGACUCGUUCGACCGCGGUCGACCUCUCCGAGCAGCUGAUGUUGCGCCUUCCGCUAGCGAAGGAGCAGUCGGCGCUUUUUCUCCACAGCCACGGCAUUUGAAGUUUGUCAACUAUGCAUUCAGGGCAGCCCGUCUAAAUGGAAAGCGCCAAGAAGUCCUUCGGUAGCAGUCGUUUCCAAGACGGAUACAAGCGUUUGCCCAUCUACCGUACGCGAUGGUUUCGUCAAGUUUUGAUCGGCUGCUAUCUCUCCGCGGUGUCACCGACUACAACGGCAACGUGGGAGAUGUCACCAUCAUUCCGGUUGAUAGUUUCUGUGACGUGACAUCCUCCAAAAACAACCACCAAUAUCAUAAACAGCGGCGCCAUCACAUCGCAGGGACGUGUGUUAGGACUGCGGUCUCCUACAUACCGUGUUGCGGUAUCCUGCUCUUGAUCAUUCUCACGCUCCUUUGGGGCAAGCUGUACGUUCGGAACUGCCUCGUGUGGUUGGAGUCGCAAGAUCGAGAAACCGUCUGCGUUAUGUUUAUCUUAAUGUACACAUUUGUGGCGUUUCCCCUUACGUGGGGCUACAUAUUGCUCAAUUUUGCGUGCGGCUAUCAUUUCGGACUCUUGUUUGGGGUUCUGGUGACUGUGGGUGCAGCUACUUUGGGAAUAUCGGUUGCCCACACUGUGAUGAAGCGCUUUUUUCUCGGCUUCAUCAUGGCACGGCUAUUAACGAGUGACUUUGUCAAGUCUACGCUUGCAUUGCUGGACAGUGGUCAUGCGUUUAAAGUUGUCAUCAUAUCCAGACUAACGCCGAUACCAUUCGGUUUGCAAAACGCUAUGUUCGCGGUGAGCCACAUGAGCCUCGGCAAGUACGUGUUUGCGUCCGCUUUGGGCCUAGUACCUACACAGAUCAUCAACGUGUACCUGGGUACUACAGUUCGUUCCAUGGAAGAUGUCCUAGACGACGAAGGGACAGCUACUGCGGGAUACGCCGUUAUUGUGGCCCAAGUUGUGCUGAGCAUUCUGCUGAUGGUGCUUAUCGUCCAGAAGGCACGUCGUGAACUCCGCGACGCCGUGCUGUCUUCUGGGUGUCCUAAAUUGGCUCUGGACACUGCCUUGCGAGCAGACUUCCCAUGGAUUCCAGUAGCUCCCAUACCAGAGUGCGCAUCAAGAUAUAGGCUCUCCUGAUUUGUAGCUAAUGCGUAAUUUCUUCACGUACAUAGGGUGACUUUUUUUUUCUGGGCUUAGGUAAGUGGAUGUGGACUUCACGAACCUUAGCACCACAGAUCCAGCUUGGAUUCCCAGGCAUUCACAUACAUGACAUUGUGAGACAUUUGGCAUGUUCAUGUGCGUGUGCAGGUUGAACUGCAGUGCAUGUAGGCUUUGAAGCGGUGGUGUACAGUGAAUAAUUUAAAGGGGAUUUUAACUCACUUGAACAAUAUGUGGUACAAAUGUCUAUGUUGCUAAGGGACACGGGAGUUGCUAACGAACCGUUGAGAGCUGCCUUAUAUUUUGUACGGAACGCAGAAGUCGCGCAUAUGGAGAAAAACUCUGCAGUGGCGUUCAUCAGGACAGUCACGAACUCACCAUAUCCUAAAUUGGAAUAACAAUAAGUUUUUAAGUGUACUGUUAUGACCACUUAAGAGUAUGCAAAUUUGACAUUAAAGUGUGCAUUGCAAUCAACGUGAACACAUUUCAGCAUUUACAUCUGGUGGCUUUACGGAAGUACGGCCAUACAGAGCUCAUGUUGAUAUAUCUGUGGGGUGUUUAUGUCAGGAAUUUCGGUGCCAAAACCGGAGAGACUAGUGUAUGAGUGAGAUGUGUCUGCCAUGGGCAUUUAGACACUAAGCUGAGCAUCAUCGGCACAAUCAGGAUAUAUGCCUGGUGCGUGUGCAUACCUUCAUGUUUUAGAGUAUGUUGUAGAUUACAUGUCUCAGAAAUAUCUUCAAUCCAGUACCACAGCUGCUAUGAAAGGGGAGUGCAUGGUUCCGGUGCCAAGACGUGACUUUUGGUUGCAGACCGCAACGUUUACUGGGAAAAGAAGGAUAUUCAUCAAGAGACUAAGUUACCGCCAUUAAACUAACACUAUACCAGUGAAACUUACAAUCCAUGCCUAAAACAAUCAGUUCGGUGAGCAGGUCUCUCAACAUUGAGUGCCAUUAAAUACCUCUGUCAAACUGGUAUCCAAUUGCACAUUAUGGCAAGCCACCAGAAAAAAAAAAAAAGCAAGAAUGCUGAGCUGCACCGCAUGACAAAGACAGACACAUGCAAUGUAUUAGUACGAAACUGAUCAUCUGUUGCACAGUGAGGCCCCGACGGAUGGAGUGGGUUUUGAAUAUGCUGACUGGAUGUUAGUCACACUGUGACUUGGUGAGCUAUCUGUCCUGAAGCAUCCCACGAAGAGCUCUUCUUCAUAUUUUUGUACAAGUUGCCAAUGAUUAUACCACCGAUUUAUGGAUUAUUGUUUGUAGCUUAUAGGCCAUCUUACAGGUUCAGGCUACAAAGAAGUGUGCUUCUUCAGCAAUAUUAUGUCACUUAUCAAACAUCUCCUUGCACUGGUGGAGUACUAUUCCUAGUACCUAAUUUACAUUGCUAAUAAAGUAUCGGCG